AUGUCGGUCUCUCUAUGGUGUGACUACCUAAAUUUUGUUCAAGAAUAUGAUCUGUCAGUCUGUGAACGUUCACCUGCUGGUCUUUUGAAGGCAAGGAAUCUAUUUGAGCGUGCACUUACUGCUGCUGGGUUGCAUGUUGCUGAAGGUAGCAGGAUAUGGGAGGCAUACAGGAAAUUUGAGCAAGCUGUCUUCCUCACUAUUGACGAGAGUGACAGUAAGUCAAGAGAAGAGCAGGUGCAUCGAAUUCGAAAUCUAUUCCACCGUCAGUUGUCUGUCCCCCUUAGCAACUUAAGGUCAAUCCUACUUUUGUACAAGGCAUGGGAAACAGAACAGGGGAAUGGUCUUGAUGUCAACACUAGUGACUUGGAUGGGAUUUCUUCUCAUGUUGCCUCUGCAUAUCAAAAGGCGUUGGAGAUGUUGGAUGCUCGAGCUCAUCUUGAAGAACAAAUUUCUAAACGAGAUGCCAUUGACUCAGAAAGACUUCAAUCAUUCAUGACGUACUUAAAGUUUGAACAGUCUUCUGGACAUCCAUCUCGUGUACAAAUUCUGUAUGAACGGGCCAUAACUGAGUUUCCUAUAUCUGGCGAUCUGUGGCUCGAUUAUACUCGCUACCUGGACCAAAUCUUGAAGUCCUCCAGUAUUACAAGGGAUGCUUAUUACAGGGCCACAAGGAACUGUUCCUGGGUUGGAGAAAUAUGGACUCGGUACUUGCUUUCCCUUGAACGUGGUCAUGCUUCUGAGAAAGAUAUAUCUGCUGUUUUUGAGAAGUCUUUGCAGUGUACUUUUUCUAGCUUCGAUGAGUACGCAGAUAUAUUUCUCACUCGAGUUGAUGGCCUAAGGCGGCGAUUUUUGUUAACUGGAGAAUUGGAGGAUGCCUUGGAUUAUGGAUUGAUAAGGGACACUUUUCAGCGUGCAUCUGAUUACUUGUCACCGCACCUGAAAAACUCGGACAGUUUGUUGCAAAUGUAUCGUUACUGGGCUCGUUUAGAGUCGAAUCUGGGAAAAGAUUUGGUUGCAGCACGAGGAGUCUGGGAGAGCUUGCUCAAGAUAUGUGGCUCUAUGCUGGAAGCCUGGCAAGGUUAUAUAGCAAUGGAAAUUGAAAUGGGUAAUAUAAAUGAAGCUAGAUCCCUCUAUAAGAGAUGUUACAGUAAAAGAUUUCCUGGGACGGGCUCAGAGGACAUGUGCUAUUCUUGGUUACGCUUUGAGAGGGAAUUUGGUACGCUGGAAGAUUUUGAUCAUGCUGUGCAAAAGGUACUCUUUUAG